UGUACGCUCACUUACUUACUUAGUUGCAAUAGUGGGGCUCAGAAUCGCGGCAGCAUUGACAGCAGAACAAGUGACAAGCGGCACGCUCGAUUGUUUUGAUUAAGACCCCGCAAACCUACUACUUACUUAAGUUACACUUACUUACACUUCGCGCUUCUUUGUCGACAAGUUUUUUUUGUGUUGAAAAAAAUGUUUUGCCGUGUGUGAAAUUUGGAACUUUAGAACUUAAAAAAUAAUAUUUAAAAAUUAACUGUUUUUGUUACCUCAAAGGCUGUGAUAUUGUGGUUGUUUACUAAUUGUACCUUAAAAUGGGAUUUACACAACAAGUACAAAAAUUCUGGGAGUUUGGUGCAGGGCAUACGGCUUUGGCAGCAUUUUGUGCACAUUCAGUCUCAAUAUCAAUAGGAAUUACACAAGGUUAUAGUGCUAUUCUUUUACCUCAGUUAGAAGAGGAUCCAGAUUUUAUGAUUAUUAAGGAUUCCGAGGAAGAGUCAUGGAUAGCCUCUCUGGGUGCAGUCACGAAUCCGAUUGGUUCAGUUAUAUCGGGUGUUUUGGCCGAAUACUUUGGUAGAAGAAGAUCCAUCCAAAUAAGUAUUAUACCGUUCCUAUUAGGAUGGUUGUGUCUUGGAUUUGCUACCGACAUAAGCUGGCUUUAUGCAGGAAGACUUAUCACAGGAAUAGCUGGAGGAAUGUCCACAGCCUGCUACACAUACGUAAGUGAGAUAUCGACACCGAAAAACAGAGGAAUAUUUCAAGCACUUGGUCCUAUAUGCGCCUCAUUUGGAAUCCUGUUUGCCUAUGUGUUAGGUUACUUAGUUCACUGGAAGUUGGUGUCCUUCAUCAGCAUAGUCUUUGGACUUUUCUCGCUGAUAAGCAUCCAGUUCCUUCCGGAAAGCCCUGGAUACCUGAUGAGAAAAAACAAAAGCACUGAGAGUUUCAACGUGUUCCUUUGGUUGAGAAGAAACAACGCUGAGGCGCAAGCCGAGGUCGAUAAAUACCAACUAAAAAACAACGAUGUUUUGAACACCAAGGUAAACCUCAAGGACAUCUAUUUGGGCCCUCAAACUGUCAAGCCAUUCUUCAUCCUGAUAACGCUCUUCUUCCUACAAGAACUCUCAGGAAUUUACACCAUACUUUUUUAUGCUGUCAGUUUCUUCGACGAGGCCAACUUGGAGAUGGAUAAAUACAUCGCUUUAAUCAUAGUGGGCGUUAUUAGAUUCACGGUUUCCAUAUUAGCUGCCGUUUUGAUAAACAAAUAUGGAAGGAAGAUUUUGUGUAUAUUUUCCAACGUCGGUUUUUGCCGCUACUAUGCUGUUAGUCGCAGGUUACAUGAAGUACUACGAAGUAAACCAAGGGGAAGAAAAAGUCUUCUCCAUUCUACCUCUAGUUGGUGUCAUAUUCAACGUGUUCUUCAGCAUGAUUGGUAUGCUUCCCAUUCCCUGGAUUUUGGUGGGGGAAAUGUUUCCCCUGGAAGUAAGACCGAUUAUGUCGGGAAUUGUUAUCUGCAUAGCCCAAAUUUACAUCUUCAUUUUCGUGAAAAUCUACUCGAACAUGAACCAAGUUUUAAACUUCAGUGGUACUUUGUUCCUCUUCGCUGGGGCCUCAGUGGUUGCCUUAGUUUUCUGAAAGUUCAUCCUUGUCGAAACCAAAAACAAAUCGUUAAGUGAGAUCGAAAAGUUUUUCAAAAAAGACACGGAUAGUGGAAACCUAAAAUGAUUCGAUAACCAAGCUUUCGUUAUCAGUCCUGAAUUUGACUCAAAAACGAACGACGGUAUAUUCAGGGUGGAGAUAAAUAGUUAGUUGCAUUUUGAAAAUUAGAUAGACAUAUUUUUUAAUGUGAUCAAAUUGUAUAUAUAUUUUUAUAUAAAACACCUAUUAGAUUGUAAGUAAAUAAAGUAGAUUUUAGUGUAUUUAUUUAGAUGUUAGGUUGUGAUUGUGAUGUAGUGUUAACUGAAAACUGUAAAUUUUAUAAAAUGAUAUUUAUUUUUAUAAAAAAU